UUUGAUCCACAUGUUUGUCUUUUUUCUUCUACAAAGCAGGUGAAAAGGAUAUGUUGAUGAAAUAUGUGUGCACAUUCUAAACAUCUUUGAAGUAAUAUGCACAUUCUAAACAUCUUUGAGGCAAACUUAAAAAAAUGCAUACUUUUCAGCUAUGUCUAGGCCUCAAACAUGGUUUUCUGUUUUUUAAAGACUCUAAAUAGACGGAGAUCUAUUUUGAUUUUCUUUCGAUUGAUCGGCUUUCAGGUUGUUAAAUUAAAUUGUUCUCUCAGUGCCAAGUUAAGGGACCCACAGUGCAAUUUUCUCUAAAAUGGAAAGGCUUGAUAGGUGGAUACAAGAUAACAAGGUUGCAACAAAACUUAUAAAAUGCCCAUAUGAGUACAUAAUGUUGUUUAAGUGAUGCGUCUUAGGUGCACAUGAACACUGAAUAAUAGGAGUAUAAUUUACAGGUAUAUCACAGAAACUCAAAUCACCAUCUAAAUUUCUGCCCAUUACAUCACAAGGUGGCCAUGUCCCACCCACGUAGGCACUCCCAAGGCCUAGGUGGUAGGCAAUUCGUUGCUUAGGUGACGUGUCUUGCAUCUCCAUGCAUGCCAAGCCUACGUUCUGAAACUGAAGACUCGACUAUGCAAAGUUGACACUUGACAGCCAACCAGCACCUAAUGUCCUAAUUAGAUUCACAAGGAACACAUUACAUGAGUGAAUAAGCUAGAAGAAACGAACUAACGACCAAGUAAACACACCAAAAAGAGGCCAAGAAUGAACACCACUGACCAGUGGCCACCUGCUGCGAUUAGUGAAGACUUGUUGCAUAGUCAAGUUGGUAAAAAUAAUACUUCUCUGAUGGGGCAUAUCAUAUCGUAUCUAUCAGAUCAUGUCGUUAAACAAAUGCAUCAUUGUACCAUUACCGAUUCAAUAAUCGGAGAAUCAAAGGGUAGCUACCAAAAGCACCAAUUGUUUUUACGCAAGAGGGUCUGGUCUUUUCAUAGAUUAUUGGCUUAUUGCAGGGCGGCCUCAACCGAAACGUGAUGGCGUGGGUGAGAGCCAGGAAGCUGCUGCCCGAGGCAAGUGUGAAGAGCACCAGUGUGGAUGUGCGCCCGCACGGCCCCUGAUCCUUGACCCAAACCUGCUCUCUUCUGUGGUCAAUGUGAGAGUCCAAUCCUCCAUCUCCUUCCUCCUCACCCUCUUUCCUGACCAGGUCAGGUUUAAUCAUCUGGUUCUCAUGCUAAAGCUUUGAUUAGGAAACCAUGCAGAAGCAGCAGCAGCAGCAGCUCCGUUCCUCAUGCAAGGAGUGCAGCAAUGGAGUCCCCAUGUCUUUCCUUGGCCGUGCUGCUGCUCUUAUGGUGGUGCUGCUGCUCUCCAUGGCCUCUUCAACCAGUUCUUGCACGGAGGAGGAGAGGGGCUCCCUCCUGCAGUUCCUGGCUGGGCUGUCCCAGGACGGUGGCCUCGCGGCGUCGUGGAGGCGGAACAGCACCGACUGCUGCGUGUGGGAAGGGAUCGCCUGCAGUGCGGAUGGCUCAGUGACAGACGUCUCGCUGGCUUCGAAGGGCCUUGAGGGGCUCUUAUCGCCCUCGCUGGGCAACCUCGCCGGCCUGCUGCGUGUCAACCUGUCCCACAACUCGCUGUCUGGAGGCCUGCCGCUGGAGCUGGCGUCGUCCAACAGCAUCAUUGUUCUUGAUGUCAGCUUCAACCGUCUCGGAGGAGACAUGGAAGAGCUGCCAUCUUCAACCCCUGCACGGCCUCUGCAGGUAUUGAACAUCUCGAGCAACUUGUUCACAGGAGCGUUUCUAUCCACGUGGCAAGUGAUGAACAACCUGGUCGUGCUCAACGCCAGCAACAACAGCUUCAGUGGGCAAAUACCGAGUCAUUUCUGCAGCAGCUCGUCAUUGUUAGCUGUGGUUGAGCUCUGUUACAACCAAUUUACAGGCAGCAUCCCUCCAGGACUUGGCAACUGCUCCAUGCUCAGAGUGCUCAAGGCUGGACACAACAACCUCAGGGGGGCUCUCCCCAAUGAACUCUUUGAUGCUUCCUUACUGGAGUACCUCUCGCUUCCGGACAAUCAUUUAGAUGGAAAGCUAGAUGGCGCACAGAUAAUCAAACUCAGAAAUCUGGCUAACCUAAAUCUUGGAGGGAACAAUUUCAGCGGCAAGAUUCCGAACUCAAUAGGCCAGCUCAAGAAAUUAGAGGAGUUGCAUUUGGACCACAACAAGAUGUCAGGGGAGCUGCCGUCAGCUCUGAGCAACUGCACAAAUCUCGUAACAGUUGAUCUCAAGAGCAACCAGUUCAACGGAGAACUUACCAAGGUCAACUUCUCAAGCCUGCUCAGUCUAAGGAAUUUAGAUCUUCUGUACAACAAUUUCACCGGCACAAUUCCAGAAAGCAUAUACUCUUGCAGCAAGCUGGCUGCACUGCGGAUAUCUGGCAACAACUUGCAUGGGCAGCUUUCACCAAGAAUAGCCAGUUUGAAAUCCCUUACUUUCCUAUCACUUGGUUUCAACAAUUUUACAAAUAUCACAAACACACUCCGGAUACUCAAGAACUGUAGGAACCUCACUUCCCUGCUUAUUGGGGGGACCAACUUCAAGGGUGAGUCCAUGCCAGAAGAUGAAAUAGUUGAUGGUUUUCAGAAUCUUCAGGUUCUUUCAAUAGCUAGUUCCUCAUUGUCUGGAAACAUACCCCUUUGGCUAUCAAAGCUGACAAAGCUGGAGAUGUUAUUUUUGCAAGAUAACCAACUCAGUGGGCCAAUACCAGGCUGGAUCAAAAGCCUAAAGUUACUGUUCCAUCUAGAUAUAUCAGGUAAUAACAUUACAGGUGAAAUUCCAACAGCCUUAAUGGAGAUGCCAAUGCUAAAUUCAGAUAAGAUUGCGCCCCGUUUGGACCCAAGAGCCUUUGAACUGCCUGUCUAUGCAACUCCAUCACGUCAAUAUCGGAUAACCAGUGCUUUCCCAAAAGUAUUGAAUCUAGGAAAUAAUAAGUUCACCGGUGUGAUCCCUGAGGAGAUUGGUCAGUUGAACUCGCUUGUUAUACUGAACUUCAGUUCAAAUAGCUUAUCAGGAGAGAUACCACGGCAGCUCUGCGACCUGAUAAAUCUGCGGGUGCUGGACUUAUCUAGCAAUCAUCUCACAGGUAUAAUCCCAUCAGCAAUGAAGAACCUGCACUUCCUUUCAGCAUUCAACAUUUCCCACAAUGAUCUCGAAGGAAAAAUUCCAGAUGGAGUCCAGCUAAGUACAUUCCCAAAUUCUAGCUUUGAGGGGAAUCCAAAGUUGUGUGGCCAUAUUCUUCAUCGCAUUUGUGAUUCAACUGAAGGACCGUCGGGCUUCAGAAAACACUGGAGCAAGAAAUCCAUUAUGGCAAUUACAUUCGGUGUGUUCUUUGGAGGAACUGCUAUUCUUUUUGUGCUUGGGGGUCUCCUUGCAACAUUCAAGCAUACCAGUUUCAUAACCAAAAACAGGAUCAGCAAUAACGGAGAUGUGGAAGCUAUUUCAAUCGAGACUGAUUCAGAAGAAUCAUUAGUGAUAGUGCCACGAGGAAAGGGAGAAGAAAGUAACCUCACAUUCGCUGACAUUGUGAAGGCUACAAAUAACUUUCACCAGGAGAACAUCAUCGGGUGCGGAGGUUAUGGGCUGGUCUAUAAGGCCGAUUUACCUGAUGGCCUCAAACUGGCUAUCAAGAAGCUUAAUGACGACAUGUGUCUGAUGUACAGGGAAUUCACUGCAGAGGUUGAUGCACUCUCAAUGGCACAGCACGACAACCUUGUACCACUCUGGGGUUAUGGCAUACAGGGAGAUUCAAGGUUCCUCAUAUAUCCGUACAUGGAGAAUGGCAGCCUGGACGAUUGGCUUCACAAUGGGGAUGGUGAUGCAAGUUCAUUUCUUGACUGGCCGACACGGCUCAAGAUCGCACAAGGAGCAAGCCGGGGUCUUUCUUAUAUCCAUGGUGUCUGCAAGCCUCACAUUGUACACCGUGACAUCAAGUCCAGCAACAUCCUGCUUGACAAAGAAUUCAAAGCUUAUGUUGCAGAUUUUGGGCUCUCCAGGUUGAUUGACAGUCAAACCCAUUUCACAACUGAGCUAGUUGGCACUCCGGGCUACAUCCCACCUGAGUAUGGACAAGGAUGGAUUGCUACACUGAGAGGUGACAUGUACAGUUUUGGCAUGGUCCUACUUGAGCUGCUCACUGGAAGGCGGCCUGUCCUGGUCUUGUCUUCAUCAAAAGAACUUGUGAACUGGGUACAGGAGAUGAAAUCAGAAGGGAAGCAGCUUGAGGUCCUGGAUCCUACACUCCGGGGCACAGGGUAUGAAGAGCAGAUGCUGAAGGUGCUCGAAGCCGCUUGCAAGUGUGUCCACUGUAAUCCUUUCGUGAGGCCAACCAUACAGGAGAUAGUCUCCUUCCUCGAAAGUAUAGACACCAAGCUGCAGACACAAAAUUCAGUUAAGAUAGAAAGUGGUUAGACAUGAUUAUCUUGUAGUCAAUUGCACAUGGCAGAUGUAGCUUCCAUCUAACUAGUACUGUCUAAUCUUAUAAUUCUUUUGCAUGGCUGCUAACAGGUUAAAGUUUGUAAUUCAUUCAUGGCCUUCCUUUUCUCCAAUUAUCAUAUACUCCAUGGUAAACAAGUGUGAAGUUACUCAGUUCUUAUCCAGCAUGCUCCUUAAGAAUUCCACAUAAGUGGAGAGUUAGAGCGUAAAAUCCCUAAAUGUUACAAGGAUUCUGUUAAGUUGGGAAAAAUGCCCUUUUACAUAAGUAUCACUGACUCAUAGGAGUAUAAGGCGAGAAUUGAACAUAUAAACCCCGAAGAAGUCGUAGUCACGACGAAGGUGGCCACGUCGCCUUUAAAUGCUAUCAACAGUACUCGUGCCACCGCCUGUAAAUUCCGUGCCCCGCCAGGGGCAUUUUAGU